GGCGGCUAGAAAUUAAGGUCAACGCGUUAAACGAAGAAGCGUCCUAGAGAUUGUCUCGAUUCUCUGAUUCUCUUUGCGUGUGGUUUCCAUCUCUCUUUCUCUUCUUUCUGCUAAGAUCUUCGAUUGCCUCUCAUUUAUCGAGGUGAGGUCAGAUCCGCCAAAAGGGGCACAACAAAUUUCAGGUUCUAGGGUUUUGUAUUAUCUUCUCAUUUAUUUGAUCUUUCUUUUUCUCUGUCUGCGAUAAUUUCCACUGCUGAAAAUCUAGGGUUUAAUCGAUCUAUUGUUCGUUUUUUAUUGACUGUAUUUGUAAGCCUUGUCCGCAGAUCUUGGGUUUGUACUUUUUAGGGAACCCUAGGAAAAGGAAAAAGAAAGAAUAGUUACUGAAUUAUUUUGUUUUGUGCAUUUUGAUUGGCGAUUUUGUUGGAUCUCUUUGUUUGAGCUUUGAAAUUUUUGAUUGAGAAGAGUUUGGUUGUUUGAUUCGUAUGGCGGCAGGGCGAGUUGAUGUUCCCCGGAGAAGUGGUGUUGGGAAGUUGAAUCGGGGUCUUGCUCAUGCUGCUCCCGAUAAGAGUGGAUAUAAUUACCCAUCUGAUGGGAAGAACUUGGUUGCCCAGAAUAAGAAUGGGUACAACUUGGGUCCUAGGCGAUUUGGGUUAGAGGAGGUUGUGAGAGUUAAGAAUGGUGGAACCCGGUUUGUGGAUGAUGGGGUUCGGCAGCCCCCACAGAAAAAGGCGAAGUUUUCCCCUAUUGUAUGGGACAUGGAAGAAAAGGAAGUAAGAAUUUCGUCUAGGAACAGAGUUGUAUCGACAGCUACAACUCUGUUAUCUCCUCCUUCACCUUGCACGUCAAGUAUAGUUUCCGAUGAGGGUGUUACAAAGCAUUCAGUCUCUGCAAAUCUUAUUGAGGAAGUGCAGCAUUUGCCAACUAAGUCUUCUGUUUUUGGUUUUGCUGCUGUUUCUGGCCAGCAAUGUCUGGAUGAUGAACCAGAACAAGGUCUGGUGCGGAAAGAAAUUGUUCAAGCACACAACAUAUUCACAUCACGUUGGUCAUCUGAUAGUGAUGAUGAAGAUGUGUCUAGGAGUGAGGAAAAUAGUAGAAGGAGUUCCAGUCUUGAAAGUGGAGAGUGUGAAAGAGAUGAUUUGGAAGGAGACUUGAUUGUCUUAAAUGAAUCUAAUGAAAGAAGCAGUUGUGUAUUGUCUGCUUGUGAGGAUGGAGAUAUGGAAUGCAAAUCGGUCUCUUAUGGUGUGAUGGACAUUGAUGACAAGCUUGAGGAAGAUGUUGCGGUUGACCAGGCAGAGUUUGAUGUUGAAGAGCCAACUGGCAGAGGUAUGAACAUGCUUCUGGGUUGCAGAAGUGUUUUUGAAUAUGAAAAAUUGAACAAAAUAAGUGAAGGUACUUAUGGUAUUGUUUAUAGAGCUAGGGAUAAGAAGACAGGAGAAAUUGUGGCCCUGAAGAAGGUGAAGAUUCUCGACCGAAGAGAUUUUGAAGAAUAUGGUUUCCCUUUGACAUCACUGCGUGAAAUUAACAUACUUGCAUCUUUUGAUCAUCCUUCAAUUGUGAAAGUGAAAGAAGUUGUAGUAGAUGACCAUGACAAUGUUUACAUGGUUAUGGAGUACAUGCAACAUGACUUCAAGGGGCUAAUGGAAUCCAUGAAACAUCAAUUUAGUACAAGCGAUGUUAAAUGCUUGAUGCUACAGCUAUUGGAGGGUGUCAAAUAUCUUCAUGAUAAUUGGGUGCUCCACAGGGAUAUGAAAACAUCCAAUCUACUCUUGAACAACCAAGGUGAACUGAAAAUAUGUGACUUUGGUAUGGCUCGUCAGUAUGGAAGCCCUCUAAAGCCAUAUACAACUAAGGUGGUCACUCAGUGGUAUAGAGCACCUGAACUUUUACUUGGAGCAAAGAAGUAUUCAACAGCAGUUGACAUGUGGUCUGUGGGCUGUAUAAUGGCUGAGUUGUUAGCUAAGGAACCUUUGUUCAAAGGAACAAGCGAAAUUGAUCAGCUUCGCAAGAUCUUUGAUACUCUUGGUACUCCAAAUGAGAAGAUUUGGGCUGGGUUUUCUCAAUUGCCAGGGGCAAAGGCAAAUUAUUCUAAGCAACUGUAUAAUUUGUUGCGUAGAAAGUUUCCUGCAGCAUCUUUCACAGGAUCUCCAGUUCUAUCUGAUGCUGGAUUCGACCUGUUAAAUAGGCUUCUUACAUAUGAUCCAGAGAAGAGAAUAACAGCAGAUGAUGCUCUUAACCAUGAUUGGUUCCACGAGCUUCCUCUACCAAAAUCUAAAGAAUUCUUGCCUACUUUUCCGCCAAAAAUGUAAAUGCAACAGGUACCUGGCAUGACUAGUGAAAGCUUGGACACAUCCGAAUAACACAUUUGGGCUACAUUGUUAGUUUGCAGUUGUAGCUGUUUCUUAUUUUACUUCAAACAACUCUUAGGCAUAUACAACGAACCGUGAAGGAUCCAAAUCUCUUACAACAGUGGUAAAAAUUUUUUUUAUCUAUUGGUUGUGUUACGGGCAGGCAGAUUGUGCAUACAGCCACUGUGCUAUUUAUCAUGCUAGUGUAUCUUAAGCAGAUGAUUGGCUAGAGGUGAGGUGUAGCAGUUGAAUGUUUCGGUAGCAAAAUAUUGUGAGAAACUGAUAUUGUCCUUUGGCAGGCCAAUAUAUGACAUUCCUGCUGAGAUUAAUAUCUUGAGGAAGUUGAAUUACAGGAUCCAGUUCUUAGUUUGGAUGAUUUUGUGAUGAAUUGUAAUGGUCCUUAGCUGCGAUUGAAUAUGAAGGUGCAGCUUAUUGACCUUAACUUUUCUUAGAUCUUUCUUUUUCCCACUUCCUUGAUAUUGUAACAGAUUGCAAUUCUUGUGCAAAUAUUCUUGACUAUAUUUGAAUUUUUGUUUUGCUAUUUCUAAAACUACUGCUCACGUUGUUUCCUUCAAUUUUCUUCACAUUGCUUGCAAGAGUCUACUGAUGUUUGGAAGGGAACAGCAUUGGUCUUUCCUGCUCAUGGGCAGUAAGUUUUGCACACUCAAGGUACUUUUCAUGAUAUUUGUGUUGUGCCUUCAAAAAUAAGUUUCCUGUUUUGUACAUGGUGAUUUUACCAUAUUAGGUAAUGGAGGAGCCCCACUAUUUGGUACACAAUAUAUGUUCUGAAGUGAACUUAUGAAUGUGAAUUAAGUGUAAUUUAUGGAAACUCUUAAGUAAUCUUGCUGAGAAUACGGUUGUAACUUGUAAAACACAGAGAUGUAGAUUGUGGUUGUAGUUUCCAAAAACAACACAGAUGUAGGCCACAUUGCUUUUGAAUGAAUUAGUUGAUCUUUUAACUGUUGAGAUUUUUGUAUCUUUCUUUUCUUCUCUGUUUUAAAGUGUUUGCAGCAGUGCAGGAGGUUUGGAAGCGUGUAUAUGUUUUACAUAAUCAUUUAGUGUGCAAGUCAGAUGCCAUAUGCGUAGUUGGUAUAAUAAUUGCAUUAAUCUUGUCGUACUUUGGUGACCUCUUCCUUAAUGAUUACCAAUUGUCAGUCUAAGAGUUGAUGUUGCCUGUCAAUUAAAUAAUAAUGACUGACAUUGAUAUAUUGUACUUGAUGUUAUCAAAAUGGAUUUUGCUGGUUUAUGAUUUGUAUGUUAUAUUUCCCUCAAUUAUAUUUUGGAUGGUAAUGGUACAAGGCGGGGAUGAUGACACAGGGAAGGCUGUGAAUAACAGGCAGAUGUCAGUACUGGAGAAAAGAUAACAGAAGGCUUGUUCUAUUUCUUUUCCUUUGGCCUUUGUUUUUAUUAAUUUUGUUGUAUUGUCUUUGUCAUGAAUGGGUGCUUAACCAAUUUUUACUUUCUUGAGUUUCUGCAAGAUACCAUAUAACUGAAAAACUGUAGUCGGUUACAAGAGGACGUCAUCAUACCCAAACUUGGCUGUUGCUGAAGAUGGUUCAACAGUUGGGGUCCGAAUUCGGCUAUCAGUAUAUGUUGUCGUUAAGCAUGGUUUAAAUAAAGGAUCAUCUUCUUCCUUUCUAGUUUUGGACUGCGACUUUUGAAUCUAAUAAUAAAAUUAUUACAAAGUCUUGUUUGA